AACAGGCACAUUUCACCUGAUGUUCUGAGAAGUUGUGACACAGUUUUCUGAAAAUACCUUUCUGACACCUUAUUGAAAAUAUUAGCAGUAAUCAAUAGUGUAUGCCAAUUGUAAUUAUUAAGUAAUUACACUUACUUGGGUGCAUAUACUGUAUACCGUACGACUUUGUAACCCAUGUGAAAAUAAGGGAUUAGGAAAACUGCUGUACUGCCUUAGUCAUUCUAAUGAAAAUGUAUUUUGUGCGGCUCGGCUGACUAAGAGGCUGUGGGAAUCACGCGCACACAAGCGCAGCACGCACACACAAACGGAGCGCACAGGCUUGAAGGAUUUUCUUCUCAUCUUUGGCUGAGGUCCGUGCAACUACGGACAGCCCCCCUUCCUGUGACUGUGUUUCCUUCAGCACGUCGUUUCAUGGCAGAACUCCCUCUGGAAGGAAGGAGAAUCCGUUAAAAACACACUCUCACACACUCGGCAGUCACUUGUUUUGGUUUCCUUGGCCCCCCCCACCCCCCCCAGCUGGCGCGACCCUUCCCUCCCCGACUUCCUCUUGCUCUCCUCUGGUCCACUUCAGUUCUCUCCUCGCUGCGGUUGUGAGUGUUCUUUUGCGGGGGAGCGAUGUGUUGUUCGGUGGGUUUCGCCCGGACUCUGGGCUUCGGCCUGCUGCCUCUGGCCCUCUGCUGCAUCCUGGCCCACCUGCUGCUGCUGUUUCCCAUGGGAGAGAUCAGCUACCUGCGGGAGGACCGUCUGGCAAGCUACGUCUGGUACUUUGGUGGACUUGGAGGAGGGGGAGCACUGAUGCUGGUUCCAGCUGUGGUCUUCAUCACUCUGGGGAAAUGUAACUGCUGUUGGAAUGAAGGCUUAAUGAUGUGCGGGUCAGUGCUUGCAGCUGUGGUUGGCCUACUGGGAUCUGGUUACUGUUUCGUCAUGUCAGGAUUUGUCUUGGUGCAGGGUCCCCAGUGCUUCACUUCUUAUGGAUGGACGUACCCCUUUGCAGACCAGGGUGGCAGGUACCUCCUACAACCGGAGACGUGGUCCCGGUGUCUUCAGCCGCUUAACAUCGUGGAGUGGAACGUGACUCUGCUCUGUGUCCUGCUGGGCCUGGCUGUGCUCGAGUUCAUCAUCUGUCUCUUACAGCUGGGAAACGGUUUAGUGAACGCCGUCUGCAGGCCCUGUUGCUACAAGCAGGAGUAUAGUCUUAAUGCGUAGACUAACACACACAUGUAUGUAGACCUACGUAUGUAGUGCAUGUGCACACACAAACCAAUCACACAUUUAACAUGUAUGUAGACGUACAUGACAUUAAUUAACACUCGCAUAAGCGGAUGUCUGCAUAUAAAACCUCAUGUGUGCGCGUACAAUUUAAUUACACACCUUACUUUGACACUGCCACAGUACACGUCAGUGUAAUCACUAUAUUUUCAAGCUUUUAAUUUGCCCUGUUCAAGUGGCAAAAAUCAGUAUGCAUUCAUUGAUUAUGAUUAUGAUGAUGAGCUUUUCGGGUGCAUUGAGUCUCAACUUUUUAAAGGCAAUAGGUUAUUUGUACAUAAAAAUGUAGAUAUG